GGCAGCUGAGUGCGGACCAGUGUUUUGCUGCAUGAUGUUGCUAAAUAAGAUAGCGCUAAGCGAUAAUCUAGUCGCUACGUUGUCGCGAAUUAGUGAAAAUAAGUUUUUAACAACGUAUUGAAAUGAAACCGGAGCAAAAGUGCAGCCGCCAGUUUCGAAAUAACAGUCCCAUGUCUCAUUAGCUCUUACAGAGGCAAAGCAACCCAAAAUGAGGAGCAUAUGAAAUCUGUCAAGUAGAUUGUUUAUAAGUCGAUGCGUUCAUACUCUUGUCCUCGGGUAGUUUCGACGUCACGAAACGAGAAUAGUAUUGUUCAGUAACAUGUCCUGUCAUACACAAGACUGGCUGAACGAAUUUAAGCAUAGCAGUUUGGAGAAAAUUUUUAGCGCUUAGCAAUCAUAUUCAAAUUUCAUUCCGUAAUAAUUAGAUAUCCGUAACGAAAUAACUUGUCGAAGUGAUUGUAGUCGCUUACGAGCCAAGAUGACACAAAUCACACAAAUAAUAGAUGUAUAUUCAUUAUGUGUACUACAUGUGGCUUAUUCCGUUGCGUAUACGAACUAAUCUGGACACAUGGAGCAGGCGGAUUAGACACAGUUCUCAAAUUCCUGAGACUGAUAGACUCGAAACUGUUUGUCACUAGGUCUCUUCUUUAUGCGUCUGAUACGAUACCUGUUAGAUUGGCCUAUCUGGCUGAUAAUAUCAAUUUAACUAUUUAAAAAGGCAAUACUUUGUUAAUCGAGUAACUGAAAAUUAGUUAAACGUUGGAACUCGCAAUGGUACAUAGCGUAGCCUGCUCGUACGAGGCAUUACACUACCGUAAGUCACACUCUGGUGUUAUUUAACAGUGUCCUUUUUACUAAAUGCAUAACGUUGGAAUGAUUUUCAUUGCACGUACCAAGGAAUGCAUCUGCUAGUGUUUCAGAGAAUCGUUAGGGAAAAGUUAGUUGUAGAAGUAGAAAAAUACUUUUAGGUAUGUACAAUUUGGCAACAAAUGUCACUGAAGCGUUCGAGAAUUACGUUCGGGUGGAGAGGCGUACAGGUACCCUUUCUCAAGCGUCGCAAGCCGCCCGUCAAAGAGGCGGCAGUCAAAAAAACGUUCAUUCUUUUUGAGUCGAACGUGUUUAGUCGUGGCCGGCCGGAAUUUCUUUUAUUGAAUCAUCUGCCGGAUGCGACAUUCCCCCAAUUUUGACGCCACUCUUCAGCCUCCAAGUUGGGGCCGUAUUAGUUCAUGCAAUCGAUAUCGAAUUCCCAAUCGAUUCAGUCCCAAACGGCUGGCCAAUACGGGAGGUGUAGCACUUGUGUGAACUAUAAUCGGCGCCGGCUGGACUGUGAUUCGUGCCCCUCUUAUAGGGUGAAAUAGUUUGGUGUGUGUGUGUCAAUGAAAUAUGCCGCCGAAGAAAAAAAGUGAUGGCCCGGAACGGCCGGUUUUGAUGGGUCGCGUGGGCACGAACCUUAAAUGUGGGAUUGUCGGAUUGCCAAAUGUGGGAAAAUCCACUUUUUUCAACGUGCUCUGCAGCCAGUCGAUUCCUGCAGAAAACUUCCCUUUCUGUACGAUAGACCCGAACGAGUCACGCGUAUCGAUUCCGGAUGAGCGCUUCGAUUAUCUCUGCGAAAGUUUCAAGCCUGCAUCAAAGGUACCAGCGUAUUUGAACGUUGUGGACAUUGCCGGACUUGUGAAAGGAGCGGCUGAGGGUCAGGGCUUAGGCAAUGCUUUCUUGUCCCACAUCAAGGCCUGUGAUGCUCUGUUGCAUCUUUGUCGGACGUUCGAAGACGAGGACGUUACGCAUGUGGAGGGUGACGUGAACCCUGUGCGAGACAUUGCUAUUAUCAAUGAGGAACUCCGUCAGAAAGAUCUUGAGUACCUAAACGCUCUCAUUGAAAAGAUGGACCGUACGGUUGUACGAGCCAACGACAAAAAGCUGAUGUCCGAAUACCACUUCUUGGUCAAAGUAAGGGAUCUGCUUAAAAACGACGAAAAGCAUAUUCGUUUUCACGACUGGAAGGCUGAAGAAAUUGAAGUACUCAACAAGCAUCUUUUCAUCACCGCGAAACCGAUGAUCUACUUGGUAAAUCUAUCCGAGAGCGACUACAUUCGCAAGAAAAACAAGUGGCUACCGAAACUUAAAGAACAUAUAGAUGGGAAUGAUCCGGGUGCUGUGAUUAUCCCAUUUUCAGGAGCCUUUGAGCACAAACUGGUCGACAUGUCACGUGAAGAGCGAGAAGCAUUCUGUAUGGAGAAGGGUGUUGCUUCCGCCCUGGAUAAAAUUAUUUUAACUGGCUACAAAGCUCUACAGUUGAUGUACUUUUUUACGGCCGGAAAGGACGAAGUCAAAGCCUGGACUAUCCAGAAGAAUACGAAAGCACCUCAGGCUGCCGGAAAGAUUCAUACCGAUUUCGAGAAGGGCUUCAUUAUGGCCGAGGUAAUGAAGUUCGACGACUUUAAAGAGGAAGGUAGUGAAGCGGCUUGUAAGGCGGCUGGCAAGUACCGCCAACAGGGCAAAACCUAUGUGGUUGAGGAUGGUGACAUUAUUUUUUUCAAAUUCAAUGCCGGCGCGGGUUUGCAGACUAAGAAGAAGUAAUCUGUGGCUGCUUGUCGACAAGACUGACCUGUGGUUUCCCUAUAGAGUGACUGUUAAAUCAUGCAAUAAAAGUGCGAAUUUGUGAAUUAUACUUUACGCUGUAUU